GUGCGCUCAUGCGCCCAAGCGGUGUGACGAGCAGCUCGAAUACUGCAAGUCCGAAAUUAGGGUAUCGGCCAACGGGAUUUGAGCCGCUCUAUCUAGGAGAGAAGCGGUACGUCGCAAGACUGGCAGAUGGAGUGGAAAUACCUGUUGAUGCGGAGCAAGCUCGUCAG